GUGCACUCUAACAGAAAGAGGAAGAGGGAGCAGAGAGAGGAGAGCAAAACUGAGGUUGCUGACACUGUGAGAGAAUAUUUAUUUUCUCACCACUUAUCAUACGGAAUAAAAACCCUGUUAAAGUGGGAUUGGUGUGGAUAUAAUACCAGUCUGUCUCUGAGAUGGGGUCCAGAACUCUUCUACUUGUUCUGGGUCUUAAUUUUAGUCUGCUGGGGAACCUAGAGGCCAGAGAUUGUCCCUGGGGCUUCAUAGCCAAAGGGAGAACACUGUGUGUUGAUAUAGAUGAGUGUAAAGAGUGGGACAGUAACCCACCCUGUGGAAGUAAUGCCGCAUGUUACAACACACAGGGGAGCUUCUACUGUCAGUGUCAACCUGGGUUCAGAUCCACAACGACUUUCCAGUUUACUGCUCUCACUGGGGAGUGUAAGGACCUCGAUGAGUGUCAGGGGAAACUGCAGGUUUGUACCAGCAACGCCAUUUGCAUCAACACCAUCGGGAGCUUCAACUGCCAAUGCCAACCUGGUUUCAGAUUCUCUGCUUAUGCUGGGCACUGUGAAGACCUCGAUGAGUGCCAGGAGACACCUCAGGUCUGUGGCAGCAACACCAGUUGCCUCAACACCUUCGGGAGCUACCACUGCCAGUGCCAACCUGGGUUCAGAUUCUCUAAUCACACGUUGAAGUACUGAUGGAAAGUCCAAUAUCCAGUUUUCUGAUGAGUUCACCAAUGAUUUUGUCACAUCUGCUCCUGCUCCCCCUCUCUGACGCUCGAGGUUGCCAGGCGACUCAUCAUUACUCACACCUCUCACCAUCGUUACGUGUCCCAGCGCUUCAUCGGACUCACCUGGACUCCACGUCAUUGAUUAUCUACACUAUAUCUGUCACCCCCUCCAGUUAAUUUUUCGUGUCUGCAUUGAUGUUGUUUUGUUUCUCCUGUCCAGACGCUCUUCCUGUUUUUCCUGUCCAGACGCUCUUCCUGUUUUUCCUGUCCAGACGCUCUUCCUGUUUUUCCUGUCCAGACGCUCUUCCUGUUUUUCCUGUCCAGACGCUCUUCCUGUUUUUCCUGUCCAGACGCUCUUCCUGUUUUUCUUGUCUGUUAACCCAUUAAAUAUUCAUUCCCUGUACUUACUUCUCGUCUCCCAGCGUCUGGCAUCACAGAGCCAUUACAGAUUGUGUACAUUUCCUUUUUAAAUAUAUAUCCCAUUUAGCAGACGCUUUUGUCCAAAGCGACUUACAAGUCGGCUGGGGCCACUACUGCAUAUGGGUGGCCCCAGUGGGAAUCGAACCCACGACGCUUGGCGUUGCAAGCGCCAUGCUCUACCGACUGAGCCACACAGGACCCUUUUUAAAGACUUGCUGAAGCAUUUGACUUAGGAUAACAGUUAGUGAGACUGUAGUAAUAUACAGUAUAAAGAUACCUGGAUCCGGCUGUUUUUUCAUUUGUUUUUAUUUAAAUUUAACCUUUAUUUGACUAGACAAGUCAGUUAAAAACAAAAUGUUAUUUACAAUGAUGCCCUAGGAACAGUGGGUUAACUGCCUUGUUCAGCGGCAGAACAACAUAUAUAUUUUCUUUCAGCUCCGGAGAUUCGAUCUAGCAACCAUUCGGUUAUUGUCCCAAUGCUCUAACCACUAGGCUACAUGCCACCCCUUAGGAUACCUAUCUCCUCUCUUGGGUAGGGGGUAGUAUUUUCACCUCCUGAUGAAAAGCAUGCCAAAGUAAAUUGCCUGUUACAUAAUCCCAGAAUUUAGGAUAUGCAUAUAAUUAGUAGAUUUGGAUAGAAAACACUCUAAAGUUUCCAAAACUGUUAAAAUAAUAUGCCUGUGAUUAUAACAGCACUGAUAUGGCAGGCGAAAACCUGAGAAAAAUCCAUCCAGGAAGUGGAAUUGUUUUCAUGUGGCUGUUCUGGUUUCAAGCUUUUAUUUUGAAAAAUGACGUGUUAAAAGCCAUUUCAACAGUUUUAACAAUUGUUAUCACAAUGUCAUACAAGGAGGGAAAAUGUUGCUGUCUGAAGAGGUAGCAUUGAAUUGUACACAGCAUCUCCUCUCACUCAGGUGACUGUGACCUCCUCCUCAGACCAAUUGACAGUACGCCCAGAACAUUGUUCUGGGAACCAAAAUGAGUAUCUCAGUUUCAAGGUCCCAGAUUUGAAAGAAGAACCCUUGUUAGUUAUCAGUCAGUCAGUCACUUGCAGGAACCAACGUUGCAUAAUGAAUCAUGUAAAUCAUGCUUAUAUGAAUUGUGUGGAUAGCCGUAUAUCAGAUAACUAACGGGACUGUCCCGGCAGAGCUCCUGACCGAUGUGAACUAUGCAUGGUGUUUGUUGGAACCUCUCCAGCUUGCUGAUAAUAAAGAAUGAUUCAUUUAAGUUUGA